UUUCUCUCUCUGAGACGUUGGCAGCUUCUCACUGAACCCAAUGGCGAAGACUCGAAGCGGUGAGAAAGCAGCGAAAGCAGAAACAGCGGACAGUGGCGAUGGCCUCGAAAUAAUCUCCAUCGGUUCACUCUACAAAGGAGCAUGGGACAAGAAGUACUGGACUACCUCUAGGGGAAAAGAUCGGUAUCCAUAUCCUGUUGGUUAUCAGGCUGUUCGAGCUUAUAAUGGGACGACUUUUAAGAUGGAAAUUUGUGAAGGUGUCAAUGGCCCUACAUUUUUGAUUUCUUCUGAUGAUGGGAAUUCAUAUUCUGGGAAAACUCCUGACCAACCAUGGGAGGAAUUUCAGAAGAAAAGUUGCCCCCGCAUCAAGAUUUGGCAUGGGAAGAGACUUUCAUCUAGGAUGGAUGGAUUGGAGUUUUUUGGGUUCAAAAACCAGUCUAUCCAGAGGUUGCUCCGUGAACUGGUAACAAAUGUAAAUGAAAUAGCAGAACGGAGCUUGGUAUCCCCAAACACCUGUGAGGGGGUUGCUAGAGCAGAUCAUGAUGAUUGCUGCCCAAAUGUAGGCACAUAUCCUAAUUUACUACUUUACCUCGGAAAAUCACAUGUUACAAGGAAGAGAAGCAGAUGUGAACUUAAAAACAAAAAAUUAAAUGUUCGAGCUCGACCUCAAUCUCCAGAACUCAUAGGUAGUGAACCCUCAAAUGUAAAGAAUGAGAAGAGUCGUGGUCAGGGGAGUUCUACAACCCAUUAUAGUUCAGAAGUAACUGAGGUCCACAAUCAUAUAGGUGUGCCAGCUCCAUUGCAAAGGGCAUCUUCCGUUUGUAAAAGCAGUAAUUGCAUUUCAUCCAAAAAUGAUUUUCUGCUGAAUCCUCUUGAAAUUUAUAAUAAUAAAGAAGUGGGAGCUGUGCCUUCUGAAGGAUCAGCUGGUUUUCUCUUUUCUGAAAAUUGCAGGGCUAAAGAACUGACUGAAAACUUGUCCACAGAAGAACCUCUUCAUAGGUCGCAUGAUGUGGAGUUGAAGAUGCCUAAUUUGUUGGUGAAAUCUGAAGACAAUAAACUAAUGCAGUCACAUUCUAAGGAGUAUGUAGGUUGUAUUGACAUUGAUCUGUGUGCUCCUGAUACCCUGGAUUUUGUGCAAGAAAAUAAUCCUGAUUCUGCUGCAAGUGAACUGGAUAAAAAUGCUUACAUUGAGACAGCUUGUGAGAUCACCUCUGGAGAAUUGUUAAAUGCAGAGCAUGAAAAUGCGGUCAAAUCUAAUUCAAAUCCAUGCUCUGAAAAAGGUGACUUUGGUCCAGCUGGCCAUGAUGUAGCAAACUCAAUGAUGUCACUUCUGCUUCCUCAGGCAGUUCCUCUACUGAGGUCUGUUUCAACAGAUAUGGAGCUUAUCAUUAGUCCUGCAGAUAUGCCACCUUCUCAGGUCAAUUUCAAGGACGAACAUGUUAAAGUUGGACAUAGUUUGGAUGUACCCUCAUCUGAUGUAAUAAUGAUAGAGGCUGCUCAGGGGGGAAAUGGAGAGACGAGACACGGGCAUACAGACCCACAUACAGGCACUCCUAAUUCUGAGCAUAUGAAGUGUAUCGUUCCUGACAGUUUUGAAUAUAGCCAAUGUGAUGAUUAUAAAAACAAGAAUCAGGAAACGUUAUGCACUGAUCUUGUUGAAGCUGGUAGAUCUAGUUUCAAUAUAGAAAUGUGUUCACAGCAGUUUCUUGGUCAUGAGAUGCCAAACAUAACAUCCACAAGUCAUGCUUCAGUGGUGGACUUUGAAGAAAGUCCUCAGAAUUUUGAUGUAUGCAUUCCUGAAUCUGUUCUAGAUGACAUGUCUGUUAAGGAUCAGGUUAAUUCUGAAAGAAGAGAUGAUGACUACUUAGAUGUGAAAGAAAAUCCUGCACAUGUUAGUCUCAGUUCUGCACAAAAGGAGUUGCCAUCUGCUCAGGAUUUCACUGGAGGUGUUAGCAAUGUAUUCUCUGGGGACAAGUUUAAACUUCCUACUCCUCAAAUGUGUACUACCAAGGACACUUUACAUUCCUCGGAAGUUUUUCUAAUAAACAAUUCAAAUGAUAAACCACGUGAAUCAAAUGAUGCUGCAGGUUUGUGUGUUCAAACAUCUCAAACUUGUCAGGAUAUUCUGAUUGGACAUAGUAAUCUAGUGGAACGCAGCCUAGCAAAAUCUCAGAAUCCAACCCUGUUUGCUGAAGAAAAUAAGUGUCUUGGUACCAAAGAGGCUCAAUUAAUUUCAGAACCAAUGCCGCUGCAAAGCCAGGAACUCAAGAGUACUAUGGGAAGCAGUGUUAAGUUUGUGGGAUGUUACUUGCACCCAAUGCCUGUUUCAUCAUUAUUUUUAAGCACAAGAGAGGAUGAAGUCCAUGUUUGUGUCUUAUGUGGCCAACUGACAGAUCAGUACAGGACCAUGUUUACUUACAAGGUAGCCAUUGCUGGACCAACUCUAGGAUACCCUUCUGUCAUGGCUCACAGCUCAAUACUGUUACCCAAUCCAAACCGUAACUUCAUAAAAGAAACUCUGGUGGAAAGAUCUGGGGUGCAGCUGACUCCUGGUGGACAGUACAUUGUCUUAAUAGGCAGCAUAAAGACCCCCAAUUGCAGGGAAGGAAAAAUUGAUUGUUCUUGCUCAAAAUGUACGUCAGUCUUGUCUGAGAAGAAUGUUUUGAAGAUUGUCCAAGUAGAACACGGUUAUGUAUCAGUUGUAACAACAUUGGAAACGGUUGACAAUGCGCAUUCUAUAUUGGUGUGUGAACCUAACCGACUUGUUUCUGUUGGAGAGAGUGGGAAACUGCAGGUGUGGGUCAUGAAUUCAAAUUGGAGUGAAAAAACAGAGCACUUCAUUAUUCCAGCUGAUGGCACUGCAUCUCCUGGCAUUGUGGAGUUAAAGAAGGUUCCUAAGUCUACUCAUUUGGUUGUUGGUUUUAAUAGCUAUGGGGAAUUUAGUUUAUGGGAUAUUGCAAAUUGUAAUUGUGUUGCAAGAUUCUCCGCUAUAAAAAGUCCAAUACAUGAGUUCUUUCCAAUAAGCUUAUUCCAGUGGCAAACAAAAGACUCGGGAUUCAGCUAUGCCAGCAUGGAGGAGCAGGCUGAUAAACUCUUAAAAGCAACCAAUUCGUGGUACUCACAGCAAAGAGAGACCUCUUGGUUUUCACCAUUAGAGGAAGAUGUUGCUAUGUGGCUUUUUGUCUCGACUUACUCUGAUCAGGAAUUUUUCCAAAAUCCUAUUUCAACUUCGAGUAGUUUUGAUAUACAUACAGCUAGAAGUUGGAGGCUUGCACUUGUAAUGAAAAAUAGCAUAAAUUUUGGAAGUCCCUUGGAUAUAAGGACUUGCGGUAUUGGUGUUUCCUGUGGUUAUGGAAUCAUCGGUACAAGCGAAGGUGUGGUGUAUAUGUGGGAGUUGUCUAAAGGAGCCAAACUUCACACUCUGCAUCAUUUCCAAGAUGGCCAUGUUGCAUGUGUUGCUACCGAUGAUUCGAGAGGUGCCUUGGGAGUUGCUGGUGGAGGACAAUUGUUGCUUUAUCUGCACCUUCCUGAGCUACAUUCAGACUAACUGGUGAACCCAAAAGUGUUCUUUACUCACCUAUCUUUUGCAAUCAUUUGUUUGUAUCUGAAUUGCAUCAAUGUUCUUCAUUUUUAAGAAUUGCUAAUAGUGUUCAAGUUCUUUGUCAAUUAGUAAUUCUAAUCUGUAUGAGCGACUAUAUAUUCAAUUUAUAGUAUGUAUAUAUCAUCACCAGGGGAUGUGAAUUAGUGUAAAUGCAAUCAAUUUUUACUUUCA